AUGACACCGCGUCCUCCAAACCUCCCCACCACCACCCUCCUUCUAACAUUCCUCACGCUCACACUCACCGUCCCGCGACUGCACGGCGAGGUGGUGAUGAUGGAGGACGACCACGGCGCGCUGCACAUCAACACCAGCGAGCCUGCACUUCAAACAGUGUUCGUGAACGGCGUGGACGUGGUGGAGGAGCUGGCAACGCUCCGAGCCUCAUUUUCGGCACAGGCAAGGGCGCUUGCUGAGCAGGAGGCGAGAAACGACAUCCUCAACUCGCGCCUGUGCGCCAUCGGGGUACCGCCUCGCGCUGACGCCACAACAAUCGCAGGCGUCGGCACCGCAAGAAGCGACUGGAUUGGCGGUGUUCUGGCCAGCAACGGCCUCAUCUACGGCAUCCCCUAUGUCUCUGGCUCGGUGCUCAUCAUCGACCCCGCCACCAACACCGCCGACACAACAUCCAUCUCGGGCCUGCCUGAGGCAGGUAGCAAGUGGGCCGGUGGCGUGCUUGCGGACAACGGCCUCAUCUACGGGUUUCCCGAAAGCGCCACCUCCGUGCUCAUCAUCGACCCACGCGCCAACACCGUGGACACAAGCACCCUUGGCGGGUUGUCCUCUGGAGAAGGGGGCGGCAAGUGGAGAAGUGGCGUUGUGGCGAGCAAUGGGCUCAUCUACGGCAUUCCCUGGGGGGUGUCGCCUGUCCUCAUCGUCGACCCGGCCAACAACACGACAGACACCACGUCCAUCCCGCCACCGGGGGAUUCCUGCUGCAAUUGGUACGGCGGCGUGCUGGCAGACAACAACCUCAUCUACAGCGUCCCACACAACUCGGAGGCUGUCCUCAUCAUCGACCCGGCCACCAACACGGCCGACACCACGUCAAUUGCCGGAUUGACAGGCUUCAGCAAGUGGUACGGCACCGUGCUUGCAGGCAACGGCCUCAUCUACGGCAUCCCGGCAAGCGAGACGACCGUUCUUGUCAUCAACCCCGCCACCAACACAGCCGAUAAAACGACCAUCACCGGCCUCCCAGGCAACGACUUCAAGUGGCUUGGAGGCGUGUUGGCGCCAGACGGUCGCAUCUUUGGCAUCCCUUUGUCCGCGGAAUCUGUCCUCAUCGUCCACCCGACAGCCAACACCUCCGACACCACCUCGCUCCCUGCAUCGGCCGGCAGCAUCAAAUGGCAUGAUGGCGUGCUUGCAGGCAACGGGCUCAUCUCUACUGACGUCCUCAUCAUCGACCCGGGCUGCUGACGGAUGUGUGUGUGUGUGUGUGUGUGUGUGUGUGUGUGUGUGUGUGUGUGUGUGUGUGUGUGUGUGUGUGUGUGUGUG